CCUUCCCGGUUCAGAUCCCUUCACGCCAGAUCCAGAAGGAAAAGCGGACAUAACAUGGAGCUUUGGGUAACGUUGCAGCUUCUGCUCUUGGGGAUACUUCUGAGGACAGCUCGGGGACAGAGGGAUGAGCUCAGCUCUGAAGAGGAAAGAAAAGCUUUGAUGCUCAAGCAUCUGCAAGAGGUCCUGGAGCUGUCAGAACUUGAAGCAACUGAAGAGGAGUCCCUGCAGGAGGUGACCCUGACAGAGCUGGGGGGCUCGGAUGGCAAGGAGAUCUUUGAAGAAGAGCUAGAAGAGCUGGAGGAACCGCUUCCGCACCCCACUAAUCUGACACCGACAACCACACCCCCAGCUCAGGAGGAGGAAGACGGCUUCACCUAUGUGUUCUCCCGUCUGAACAGCCUGGACGCAGCUGUGCAUCGCCUCAAUGUGCAGUUCUAUCACAUGGACGUGAAGGUAUCCCAGUUCUCCAAAGGCCUGGCUGAAGUGAAGGGGGGCCUGGCCGAAGCUCGUGAAACCCUUGCUUCCCUGAACGAAAUUGCUAUCCACAACCAGAAAGAGCUUGGAAAAAUUGACGGUUGCUUGAGGGGCCGGCGCACCCAAAGCAAAUGCUUCUUGAUCUUCAAGCACUUUGAGGUCUACGACGGGGCACAAAAACUGUGCGCAGUCCGGGGAGGAAACUUGGCCAUGCCAGGCGACGCCUUCCAGCCGUACAACUGGCCAGCCUGGGUAGGCAUCCAUGACCGGCGUGCAGAAGGCCUGUGGCUUUUUGAGAACGGGCAGCGGGUCUCAGUCUUUGACUGGUAUCGUGACCACUUGGUGACUCAACCCAAUGGCAGCACUCGCGAGAACUGCGUCAGCCUCAGUUCUGAUGAUGGAAAGUGGUGGGACAAUGACUGUGAACGGCGCAUGUAUUACAUCUGCGAGUAUCGCCUCUAGGAGGCAUCCAGUUUCCAAAGUUUAGCCCAAAUGGCCUUCCAAUUUGAUUGAGAAGGCUGGUUUUAGUGUGAGGAUCUACAACCCCUGAGAAAACAGACCCCCCCAUUUUGUAUGUAUGUACACACACUUCCCCCCAUAAAUCCUGCCUACUCACACACAAAACUGCUAUUGGGCCCUGUAGUAUUUCCACAGGGAAAACAUCCUUCUUAUUUAGUAGACCCUGUAAGAACAAAUAGUACCUGGCCUCUCUCUAAAAGAAGAAAAUGUCCAUAGCUUGGAAAGAAACAGCAACAUGGUUCCGGAGUAUCCCCUUGGAACUGGGUUGUCUAAAGAGGCCCAUAGCAGAAUGGCUUCCAGAACUGUAAAAACUUACUUGCGUAAAGCAUGGUGACUAAGGAUACUAGCUUAUACUGGAUCCUUCCAGGCACCCCAGUUCAAAUAACAAUAUUCACUGAGCAAAGGGAAAACACUGUUAUCAGACCACAGAAAGUAAUAGCGAGAUUACCUAGUACCCAAGAGACUUAAGAUCACAUGGUCCUUUCUAAUGAUCAAAACCAGUUGUGAAGAUCUCCAGAGUUUCAACUUGGAGCCCUAGCACUGGGAAGGCUUUUAAAAAUUAUUUCACCUGUUUUGCCCCAUAGAAAUCACUCCAUGGAACUGGUUGUAAGGCACAGGAGUGAGAAAAAGGCAGGACAAACACAGAUUAAAAGGAAACCUGUAAUUACAGUUCCUUUCAGUACAGAAUCCCUUCUUAAACUACCUUCACCUAAACUGCAGAGUGGGGGAAAAAUAUGGGAUCUCUGUAACCUUAAAAAAACUUUCUCAUAUAAGCUUCAUGGACGGCACACCCAAGUCCAUGCACAAAAUGCCAUCAGGUGAAAACUCCCUUUGCCCACUGGCUUUCAGAUUGUCCAAACUCCCCCUCUCCCAAGGCCAGGCUACUUCUGUUGUCUAUUUUGCUGCAUUGCCCUGCGGCUCCUAUGAUGUAGCGUUGGUGCUCUCAAAUCUCCCUUCAAACGCUGCUAAAUAAAGUUUAGCAAGAAUAUUGAGGUGUCUCUUGCUCUUCAUCUAAUACAGCCAUUUUUCACCUGGGGCUGAAUCAUAGGUAAAGUGAGCAGCAACUGGGUCACAGUUGACAAAAGGGGGUGGCGUGGUAAAAUUCAUGCGCAGCCUCCUCUGCAGCUGGCUACUCGACUGCGCUCCCCACAGGAGUAUGUGACCUUCUGCUGUUUCUUUGGGAAAAAUCUCUCCUAUCCACCCCCACUUAAUAAAACCAGAAAGGCCUUUUUAAAAUAAAGCAUCUUUUAUUCUUUCUUGAAGCAUUCAAUUUUGAACUCCCCCACCCCUCCAGACAUAAAUAGGGGAGGGAGUAAAGGGCCACGGUAGGGUGUGUUUGUGUGGAGAAAAGAGCAUCUUGGAAACCUUCACAGUCACCUUCUCAACUUUAUCACAGGGGUCCCCAAUAUGUGUCCACUGUGCCCACUGACACCUUUUCUG